GCCAGCUGACUACCAAGUCCUGAGCUGGAAUCAACAACUGUCCCGAGAAUAUCGGAUAUCUUGUUAGGCUCUGCAAGACUCAUGGCCUUCGGCUAAAACAAUGGAAUUUCACAAGCACAUGGCUGGGUCUGCCCACCCCUCCCAGCCCUUGGAUCUAUGCCCGGCAUUCCUAUUUUUGGCCUCUGAGUUUGCAUAUAAGCUUGUGGCUUUGCCUCCAGAUGACCGGUUGCUCUUGCAUUGCAUUGAAUAAGGAGCAUCACUGGUGUACAAGGAUGGGUAUCUAUGAAGAAAGAGGAGAACUGGUUAAACCGAAGAGGAAGCUGAUUGGCCAGAGAACCCAACAUGUAGCUUCCCAAAGUGACCAGCAAGUAGAGCUACUGUAUGCUAUUGGGGGGCUGAGCCACGGCAGCAAUGUUAGCGGUGUGGAGUGUUACAACCCCCUGGACCACGAAUGGAAAGUGCUCGGAUCUGUCUCGAGGCAUCGCAGUGGCGUUGGAGUAGCUCCCCUGAAUGGCUCCAUCUAUGUGGUGGGCGGCCAUGAUGGUGUGGUUUGCCGUCGCAGUGUUGAGAGGUAUGAGCCUGAAACCAACUCAUGGAAGCGGGAUGUGGCCCCCAUUAAUGAAGCCAAGCGGGAUGUGGCCGUUGCUGAGCUGGAAGGCUAUCUGUACUGUGUUGGUGGCUACGAUGGGCUGUUGUGUCUUAGCACCACAGAGAGGUAUGACCCUCUACUAAACAGGUGGUGCAGAAUGGCACCCAUGAAUCGCCGCCGGAGGGGCCUAGGCUUGGCUGUGCUCGAUGGUUACCUGUAUGCCAUUGGGGGGUCCGAUGGCUGUUCCCCAUUAUAUUCAGUGGAACGUUACAGUCCCACAGAAGAUAGGUGGACCCCUUGCUCUCCCUUGCGGACCUGUAGAGAGAACCUCGGAUGCGCAACCUUUCAAGGGAAGAUCUAUGCGGUCGGUGGGCGGGACGACAUCACAGAACUGCGCAGCAUUGAGCGGUUUGAUCCUGUUGCCAAUGAAUGGUCUGCUGUGACACCAAUGAAGUCCAAGAGGAGUAAGGUGAGCCUUGUUGCUGCUAAUGGCUACCUCCUAGCCAUUGGGGGAUAUGACGGAACCGUUCAUGUAACCACAGUAGAAGCAUUUGACCCGGAGAUGAACAAGUGGAGGCCCUUUGGCAACACGCAAACUUGCCACCCAGGUGGAGGCGUUGCUGCAAUCAAAUUGGCUCCUUACGUGAGAGAAACUUCCCAAUUGGCCCGGAACAGAUAGAAGGCCAAUUCUGGCUUCUGGUUUGGUGGGACAGUUAGUUAGGCUUGAACAACAGAAGGAGAAGAGGAGAGGGGUUGGUGGCGGGGAGGGUCUAAGGCCAGGAUGGAACACAACAUGGCAAAGCGGGGAUAGGAUUUCUCUCCUGCCUGAAUGGAAGUUCAGAAGUGUGCAUUUUGCAGGAGGAUAGGGAAGUACUUAAUCCUUCCAGUGCCUACCACAUGUCUCCCCUAUAAACACUACCCCUGGCCUGUCCAUUCUUUCUCCCCCCCCCCCUUUCCAGCCAUACUUGGACUAGAAAGAAGUCCCUUUGGGAAAAAAACAGCCUGAAAAAGAAGUCACAGCAGGAUAAGCCUCUGGAGGGAGAGGGCUAAGCACCUUUCUUCCAUCUUUCAGCCCCACAAAUGCUGGUCCCACAUUAUUGGAAAUCCCUUGCUUGCAGCAUCAUGCCUACAGAGUGGUGGUUGUAUCCAGUAGAAGGAAGAGGCAGAAGGAACUCAUUUAACUCACGUAACCUCUUCUGAUUUAAUGUAUUGUCAAAUACUUUCACAGCUGGAAUCAAUAGGCUGUUGUGGGUUUUCCAGGCUAUGUGGCCAUGGUCUGGUAGCUUUUGCUCCUAAUGUUUUACCCACAUCUAUAGCUGGCAUCUUCAGAGGCAUGUCAUGUUACUGUGACAUGCUUCUGAAGAUGACGUUCACAGUUGCAGGCAAAACAUUAGGAACUAAUGGACACAUCCACACUAAUAGACACAGCCACACAGCCUGGAAAACCACAAAACUCACCCCUCUGGUUUCUUCGUACAGUUGAUGGCCUUGGAAAUUUCUCCUCAUCUCUCCAUCUAGAAAGUGGAUAUUUAGAGAUCAGGGCCUUGAUAAAGGAUAGCCUUACUUGUAUUGAUAAUCUGUCAUUGACAAUAUAGUUAUCAUUAGUUUUUACAUGCAUGCAUCUCUUUGGAAUAAAAUGUUUGUAAAACAAACCAAGAUGUGGAAUGUAGGCUGAGAAUGGCACUGUAGAGAACACCUUAGAUCUUGACACAGGGAUACUAUAUAACCUUGACCAAGUCUCUUAAUUCCUCAGAUGACAUCUAGCAGGGUGGAUUGUUGUGUUACAAGAACUGCAGUGUGUAUGAUAAACCAUAAAACAGCAAUCUCGCAAUC